GGCGAACGAAUCUGAGUGAAAUUAUUGAACCUCGUCUAUACAACACUGCCCGGGGGGCACUUGUUGACAAUCUAAUUUGUUGUUUUGUGGCUUGAUUAUGCGGCGCUGUAUUUUAUCAAUGAUUGAUUGCGUGUCCUUCAUUAUAUCUAUAUGUAUACAUGUAGUAUACUAAGGGCCGAAUUAAACAGGUCACGUGGGCUGUCCCUACGUUGUUUUUCCGUUUCGAAUUUACUACGUGAAUACACUCGGCCAAUAGCAGUCGGAGAGAAUAUCUUGUUAAUGGGUUGUGUUGUAUGAUCACACGUUACACAACAUGCCUGGAUUUUACCUGCAGUGGAUCGCCGGAUUCCUAAUCUGUGCAGCGCUCUCUACGAGGGCACAGACAACUUUAAUCGGAAACAUCCAGAUGAUGGGGAUUAAGGGAACCGUGACCUUGACCCAGACGUCACAAGGCCAACCUAUCACAGUUACCACGGCCUUAACAGGACUUUCCCAAAGCUACACAAUGGAAUUAAGAGAACUCCGGACUCUGUAUGACGGAAGUUCCAACAUGUGUUCAGCUUCCCGUCUCGGGGCAAAAUUUGGGUCACUCAGUGUCGUCGUCACGAAUACUGGCACAAGUUCCAACACAAUCACUGACGUCACAGAUAUCCGCUCUAUAACAGGUAGAUCAGUAGUUUUAACAGACACAACCAACUCCAGUGCAAGUGUCUGUGCAACGCUAGAACCAGCUGGGUCCCACGUCACAGCUAUUGCUCAACUGCCUUCCACCAUUGCUGGAACGGUCACCUUUCGGCAGGCCAGCAAUCAAGCCAACGCAGCAGCAUCGGUGUGCGUGGACCUGUUUAGAGUGACCGACACUGGAAACACGACGGAGCAGACGUUAAGUUGGGACGUUUAUUCGACAUCCGUUCUCGCCGACACCACCACCACUGCGCUCAGUCAGCGCUGCGAGAACAUUGGUACUGUAGAUAUCGACCUAACAACUAAACACGGAAAACUCAACGCUGGCUUACAAAAAGGACAGAACGUUAAAUGUUUCGUCGACACGGACUUAGAUGUGACGUCACUGUUUGGUAAAACGCUGGCAAUCAAGUCUUCGGAUGGGACAAUUCUUUCGUGUGCAACCAUUCGGCAAGUCCUGAAAAGAACCACAAUGACCCGGAUCAGUAGAGAUGGAGUGAAAGGGACGAUAAAACUCACCCAGGAGUCUAUGUAUGACCCCACAGUUAUUGACGUCAACGUAACGGGCUUACAGUCUCUGGCUGGGGGGUAUCACAUCCACGAAUGGCCGGUGCCACAGAAACUUCUCAAGACCGAGACUGUUUGCGAUGGCUCGCACGUAGCGGGUCAUUUCAAUCCAAACAACGUUGUUGCAUCCGGUUCCCCAAGCGCUGGAACCGGAACUGUAGACCAGUACGAAAUAGGGGACAUCAGCGGGAAAUUUGGCUCGUUAAACGGAAAAUCAGAGUUGAUGGAAACGCACACAGACUACAACCUCCCGCUAUUUGGCGUUAACAGUGUCAUAGGUCGAUCUUUUGUUAUCCAUAAAGCCGCAGGUGGAGCACGAUGGGUGUGUGCUAACAUUGAAUCCACCGACGAAAUGCGGAUCGCUCAGAUUACUUUCACAUACCCUUACAUUGGAUAUAUAGUUUUCCAGCAACCUAUUCUGAACUGGUUUAAUGCGGAAACUCAGAUCUAUGUUGAACUUGACAUGAAUUCACAGACGGGGGCGUCGCCCGAUCAUAAGUGGCACAUUCACGAAAAGAUGGUUGGAAUGGACUCCAUGGCAACGACUAACAGAUGCAUGUCCACAGACGGUCACUACAAUCCAUAUAUGGUGGACCUUGAAGGAAAUUACGCGUCUGAUUGUCACCCGUCAAAUCCACACAGGUGUGAAAUUGGGGAUGUUGCAAAGAAGCACGGUAACAUAAACAUUGGUAUAUCUUCUGAAGGAAAACAGCGUUAUUUUUUCACGGAUGUUGAUCUUCCUCUUUCGGGUCCUUUAAGCAUCAUUGGAAAGUCUGUCGUCAUCCAUGGUACCAACAGCGGUGGUGCCAGAAUGUCGUGUGCGAAUAUCUACGAACUUCCAAAGCGCGCGGUAAAAGUGGAUACGUGGAGUCGAAUGGAGAGUUCCAGCGUGAGUGGAUAUGUAAAGUUGACGGAAAACUCGGCGGGUUCGUUAAGUGGCGAGACUACAGCCGAGAUAAACCUGAACAAUCUGGCUUCCCAGGCCGGCGGUCUUCACGUCCAUGUAUACCCAGUUCCCUCCGGAAGUAGUUCGCCGUGUUCUCCCGGAAGUGUAGGCGGACACUUCAAUCCAUUUGACGUGGAUGUCAACACCAGCCCCGCUAACGGUACGGGGUCUGACGACCAGUACGAAGUUGGGGACCUAAGCGGCCGCUACGGAAAUCCCCUAAACGGACAGACUAGCGUGGGCGUGACGGAAAUGGACUCCAACCUUCCACUCCGGGGCCCACUGAGUGUUGUUGGGAGAUCUAUUGUUAUACACAAGGCAGAUUCCUCGCGGUGGCUCUGUGGGAACAUCGUGGAAGACACCACCAUUACAAAAGGUGUUAUGCACAAAGCUAAGGCCACCUUCUCUAAUGGCACCAUACAGGGAACAAUCACACUUAUGCAAUACGCUUACCCUGACGGAGGAAUGAGCGACACUGACGUCAUAGUGGAUCUAUUCUAUGCACAGAACCAAAGUCAAACCUCUAACGAUCACAACUGGCAUGUUCACGAAAACCAGGUCACAUCUGACUGCAUGUCCACAGGGGGUCACUACAAUCCUUUCCAAGUCAAUGUCGAGCAAAAUUACGAUGAAUGUGGUUUUGCGAACCCCCUCCGCUGCGAAUUAGGAGACCAGGCGAAGAAAUUGGGCAAAUAUGACGUAGGGAAGGGGAGGCGAUUUUAUACCGAUGUUUAUCUCCCUCUCAUGGGCCAGUUCGGAGUAAUUGGCCGGUCAUUUGUCCUGCACGCUGAAAACGCGGGCGGCGCUCGUGUUGCGUGCGCAGACAUAAUGCCGAUGGAUGGAAUGACGAUGCAGAUGACUUUUCCAGUUAUGUCUAAUUUCAAUAAAGAAACAAUGAGAACCCAGAUCGCCAGUGCUUUGGGGACUCAGCCAUACAACCUAAUGGUGGAACAAGUGUCGUCUGGUACCGCAGCCAGUGAAGGCUGUAUGCAAGCCACGGUGUUUUUCAUUGGUUCAGAGUCCAACACACUGUACAAUAAACUCGACUCCAUGAUGAAACAGAGCCCCGAUACUCUAGGGGCGUACGCUCCCACAUGUGCUGGGUGCUCUAAUACAUGUAAUAAUUUGGUGCUGGUCAUGGGAAUAGUGCUUUGCUUACAACAAUAUUUAUCUACGUGGAGAUGACAGGCCUAGGGUGGACCUCGUCAAAUGCAAUAUACUCCAUAUCACAGUCUCAGGGUGGAGGAUGGGGGUGGGUGGGGCAUGAUAUGGUCUCGCUAGCCCCACUCCGGCCAUCCACCAAAUACCAAGCGAUGCCUUAUAAACUGCUUUACUCUAAAACAUGCUGCUUGUAUAAACUGUGACAUUUUCCACAUGUUUUCCGUUUUGUAAAAAACUUUUUCAUACAUUUCCAUAUAUUUUUUUACAUAUCAGCUGUGAAUGACCAUUGUGUUCUUGUAUAACAUAUAAUUACGUGAUGGUUGAUAAUAUAUUAUAUUUGAAAUUUU